AUGCUUCUAGAUAUCGAUGAAUGCAGCAAUGGAAGCCAUGAUUGUGAAGUGAAUGCGAAUUGUACCAACACUAAUGGCUCCCAUAGCUGUACCUGUAAGGAAGGAUACACUGGAAAAGGAGAGUCAUGCCAAGGUAAAAUUAAAUUAGACUUAGAAAAAAGCAGAAUAGCCGUUCAUCAGAAAUAAUUGCCUUGUUAUCCGACAAACUGGCUAAGAUUUUUUUCUCUAUUCAGUUACCCUUUGCAAAUCUAUUAUGUUCACAGAUAUUGAUGAAUGCAACGAUAAUAGUCAUGUUUGUGAUGCUAAUGUUAACUGUACCAACACAAAUGGUUUAUAUAACUGCAUCUGUAAGAAAGGAUACAUUAUAAAUGGACAGUCUUGCCAACGUAGAUUAGAAAAGCGAUACUUCAUGUCGAGCAAAGUAGCUUUUCAUAAUAAGUAUUGUCUUCGUAACUGAGGUUAUGAUCAGGAAGCAACUUAAUGAUUUUCACGCCCCGACCUCGUAUUUCUAUUAAGUUACGGGUUUCAUUAUAUGCAUGCAUUCACAUUUUACCAAAAUUUAAAAUGUAAUACGCGCAGAUAUUUUACGAGUUGCCUGGUAUUUUUCCGAGCGCGAAAGGAACAAGGAUAAUUAAGAGCAAUGAGCAAGAUUUCCUCUCGUGUUAUAUGAUAAACCAUCGAAUAUGGGAUUUAUUAUUAGUUCCUCACUUUUUUAAAUAGUAUAGAUAGAAGGAAAAUCUCUUUGAACAGCAACACUUUUUUUAUAACUUUUCAACCUUCAACAACAGCGCAAUCAGUACAGCAGAAUAAUUUUACUUUCAAUUUCAGAUUUUUUAAAAUCUUCAUGUGCUUUCAAAGUUCCUUUACGUAUUAUCUUUUAUUUUGAUUUUGAUGUCCUAUUGCUGAGAUAACUUAAGGCGGGGUUUCACCUGAAAAAGUGACAUUUUUGCAUCACUUGUGACAGCUAUGGUUUUCAUCAAAAUCAUAGCACACUAUACAUCAUUAGAAAACUAUCGGCCUGAAGAUUAUGAAAAUGUGUAUUUGAAUGCGGUAUUUUUUUUUUGUAACCUGAUACCAAGCCCCUUAAAUAGCACAUGCUGUGGCUGACCUGGACCUACUUGAGGAAAGAUUUUUACAUAUAGUUUCACAUGAAACAUGUAUUUUUAUUAUUUUUCUCAAGUAAACAGAUUGCUUACUGGGAUUAAUGAAGGACUUUGAAAAAUUUCAAAAUGUGAAGCCUCAACACCCAUUUAAAGUUGCGCAAUCAAAAUUAGGAAGCAUUUCUUAAAAUAACCUUUUUUCUAAACACUUAUGACAAAUUCCUUCAUUCAUCACAACUAACUCAGUGAGACCCAGCUAACCUGAAAAUUUCAGGUCAAUAGCUCAAAUCCCUCUUGAGUUAUCUCUUCUCAAAGGCAAAAAUGCCGCAUUUUGAGAAACGCAGCCUUAAACUUCAGAAAUGGAAUAAUUUGGACGGGACUGCACAGGUGCUUGAUGCGUUUCUUUUGUAACCAUUCCCAACAGAAGGAAAAACACUAUCAUAUUUUACCAACACAAUCAAUCCUUGUAUAAAAAAGAGAUGAAUGUAGGCCUAAAGAAAAUGGUGAUAAUGACACAUUUGUAUUCAAUAAACAUUCAAAAAUCUCAACUGGCAAAGGGAGACUCGAUGAAAGGGCUUACAGGACAGAACAACGUAGUUGAAAUUGGGGGAACCGAGAAAAAGUCUGGUGAGUGGUAACAUGAAGGGCUUCUCUCUAGAACCACAAGACAGAAAGACUAAGGUUCCCAAGCUUAUGCGCGGCAAAUUUUUCACAAUUAAUUUUUUUAAUGCUUAUGAUUUUACAGAUAUUGACGAGUGUAAAGGAAGUCACUCUUGUCACGUGAAUGCUACAUGCACGAAUACCCUUGGAUCACAUGUAUGUCAAUGUCACGCUGGAUAUACUGGAAAUGGACAAAACUGCACAGGUGAAUUUAAUCUCUUCGCUACAAUAUGUAGAACAGUCCUUCAUGACACGUUCGACUACAGUGCUACACCAUUCAGCGUCGUUGCAAGAUAAUUAGACAACUUAUUACUGAGAAAUUCGGCCAUUUUGUCCUCAUUUAAUAUAUAGUGAAUAAUACCCGGGUUCCCGCUGACUUGGAAUUUCUCUUCGAGUGUUCAACUGGCUACAUCAUGAGUGAGAGCAGCAAACUAGUGAGGUAUCGAGUAAGAGAAUAAUGAAAAGAUUUAGCCAAGCCUAAAAGCGGUGAUGUGAUUACCUAUACGAACACAAUAGGCCUUUACUGAGAAUAAAAAAGGCGACUUUUUGAAAAGAAUAAUAUGAUAGGUUUCACAAUCCGCGAAAAAAAGUCUUAAAGCGCGUCGGCGAUAAGGCUCAAGAUGAAAAAAUGCGUUGAACCGUUACAGAAACAGACAUUGGGCGUAACUUUCUUUUCACAAAAUUCUCAGUUGACUUUUUCCUUUCCAAAAGAAGAUUAUUUUUAUGUACACGACAAAAAUAGGCCUUACUAAGAAAAAAUAUAUAAUUUUUAAAGAAUGACAGAAGUUUCACAUUCCGCGAAAAAAAAAAGGAAGGAAGGAAAAAAGGAAAAAAGGAAGCCACCAAGGAAGGCUACCAAAGCUGAUCUUUGACGACUGAUAUCCGACUAAAGUUUAUAAUAGUGUUUAGAGAGAGAUUCCGCUGCGGUGGAAGUUUUUGUUUGGUCUAAAUUAAUAAUUGAUUUGUCACAAUGAUAAAUAACUUAAUCCUUUUUCACCUCAUAAAAGUUUAAAAAACGAAUGUAUAUCUCACUCGUGAAACCACUAAUGUUGUAUAAUUUUUCUUUUCUCUCCAAUUUUUUUAGAUAUUGAUGAAUGCCAAAAAAAUACUCACGAUUGUCACCUGAACGCUACUUGUCAAAACACAAAUGGAUCCUUUGUGUGCACCUGUUUAUUUGGAUUUAACGGAGAUGGACGGAGCUGC